AUGACAACUGCACCAAGUGCCAAGAAGGAGCGCACCAGCACCUUCUGGGAGACAGAUGUGUUGCAAAAUUUUGGGGAAACUGAGUGGUACCUCAACUUCAGAAUGCCAGAGGCGGCCUUCUUAAAUCUCUGUGACCUUCUUCAUCCUUACAUACCAAAGCAAACCAUGAAGACCACAGUGAGUUUGGAAAAAAGGGUUGCUCUGACACUUUACAAGUUAGCAAGUAACACUGAAUUCCAUGAUGUUGCAAACCUCUUUGGAAUUGGGGUGAGCACUGCCUGUGAUGUGUUUUGGGAGGUUUGUAAGGGUCUCUGCCAACUGAAAAGGAAGUUUACUGGAAUGCCAAAAAGUGAAGAAGACGUGAAGACCAUAAUCAAAGGAUUUCAAGAGAAGUCAGGGUUUCCCAUGUGUGCUGGGGCCCUGGAUGGAACACACAUUCCCAUCCUAGCACCCUCCAGCUUUCACACUGAUUACUACAACAGAAAGGGGUGGUACAGCGUGAUACUACAGGGCUUGGUUGACCACCAGUACAUGUUUCAAGAUUUUGAUGUUGGCUGGCCAGGGAACCUCUCUCGUAAUGUCAUGAAACCGUUCCCAGAAGGAGUUGCAAGAGGGCCCCAACUGCAAUUCAAUGCAUGUCUGAGUAGGGCAAGAAUUCAUGUGGAACAUGCUUUUGGCCGUCUAAAGGGCAGAUGGUGCUGCCUAUUGAAGCGCAAUGAUAGUCAAACUACAAACAUUAAGUUUGUUGUUGCAGCUUGCAUUGUGCUGCACAACUUUUGUGAGUCUUGGAAGCUGGAUUUCCCAAAGGAGCAGAGCACAGCAGAGAUGCCUGAGGAGGAAGACACAGAGCAGGAACAUGCAGAUGAUGAAGGCACCCUUAUUACACCUGAGCCGCUUGACCUGGCCAGUUCUACUGCAGAGAAAAUCCGUGAAGUAUUAGUAUGGUAA